GGACAACCCCAGCCCAAUGUGAGUGAACUGGUGGUGGGGCCACUGCCUCACCCCUCCUACAUGCGGGAUGUGACUGUGGAGCGUCAUGGUGGUCCACUGCCCUAUCACCGACGUCCCAUGCUGAGAUCUGAAUUGGUACAGACAUGGAGGCAUUUGAAAGAGGUGGAACUACCCAAGGCACCUGUCUUCCUGGCUUCUGUCCUGAACUACAAUGGCUCCACUUUGGCACCUCUACAUUCCUCCCCUAGAGGUUUGCGCUCAGGGGACCGGGCUACCUGGAUUGCCCUCUAUCAUAAUGUCUCAGGUCUUGGUAUUUUCCUUCACCCUGUGGGGCUGGAAAUACUGUUGGAUCACAGUGCCCUGGACCCUGCCCGCUGGACUGUCCAGCAGGUCUUCUACCUUGGGCACUACUAUGCAGACUUGGGCCAAUUAGAAUGGGAGUUUAAAGCUGGCCGGCUAGAAGUGGUUAGAGUGCCUCUACCCACACCAAAUGGGUCUUCAUCCCUCAGGUCCCGAAUCACCCUGGGCCCUCUUCCCCCUCUUCAUUUCUCACACCAGGGUUCUCAGUACAGUGUACAAGGGAACUUGGUGGUAUCCCCCCUCUGGACAUUGAGCUUUGGCCAUGGGGUAUUUAGUGGCAUAAGGAUUUUUGAUGUUCGGUUCAAGGGUGAGCGAGUGGCCUAUGAAGUCAGUGUCCAGGAGUGCCUGUCUGUCUAUGGUGCUGACUCACCCAAGACAAUGAUGACCCGAUAUUUGGAUAGCAGCUAUGGACUUGGCCUUAACAGCCGAGGCUUAGUACGGGGUGUGGACUGCCCCUAUCAAGCCACAAUGGUGGACAUCCACAUAUUAGCAGGCAAAGGGACAGUCCAGCUGCUCCCAGGGGCAGUGUGUGUAUUUGAGGAGGUUCAGGGACUACCUCUUCGAAGGCACCACAAUUACAUUGAGAGUCAUUUCUAUGGUGGUUUGGCCAGCUCAGCCCUUGUGGUCAGGUCUGUGUCAUCUGUGGGUAACUAUGACUACAUUUGGGACUUUGUGUUGCACCCAAAUGGGGCGCUUGAAGGGCGGGUCCAUGCCACAGGCUAUGUCAACACAGCUUUCCUGAGUGGAGGAGCAGAGAGCCUCCUCUUUGGUAAUCGUGUAGGGGAACGGGUGCUGGGGGCGGUGCACACGCACGCCUUCCACUUCAAGCUGGACCUGGAUGUGGCAGGGCUGAAAAACUGGGUGGUAGCAGAAGACGUGGUGUUUAAACCUGUUGCAGUCCCCUGGAGCCCAGAGCACCAGCUGCAGCGGCCACAGCUGACACGGCAGGUCCUGAGAAGGGAGGAUUUGGCAGCAUUUUCCUGGGGAAGCCCCCUUCCCCGCUACCUUUACCUGGCCAGCAACCAGACUAAUGCCUGGGGUCAUCAGCGUGGAUACCGAAUCCAGAUCCACAGCCCCCCUGGCAUACACAUGCCCCUGGAGAGCAGCAUGGAGAGGGCUCUCAGCUGGGGGAGAUACCAGCUUGUGGUGACCCAGAGGAAGGAGAAGGAAUCACAGAGCAGCAGCAUCUAUUUCCAGUCUGACAUCUGGACACCCUCAGUUGUCUUCGCUGACUUCAUCAACAACGAAACCCUCUUAGGAGAGGAUCUGGUGGCUUGGGUUACAGCCAGCUUCCUGCACAUUCCCCAUGCUGAGGAUGUCCCCAAUACGGUGACUUUGGGGAACAGAGUUGGCUUCUUGCUCCAACCUCAUAACUUCUUUGAUGAAGACCCCUCCAUCUUCUCCCCUGGCAGUGUCUACUUUGAGAGGGGCCAGGAUGCUGGGCUCUGCAGUAUCAACCCUGUGGCCUGCACCCCCAACUUGGCAGCCUGUGUCCCAGACCUUCCCCUUUUUUCUUAUCAAGGUUUCUAGAUCUGAGAGUAGGGGGGAACAUAGGGGGUAGGGGUAGGGAGCAGCAUCUGAUGAGACACUUGCCUUCUCCAUUCCCCCUUCAGUUCUCUGUAUUUUUAUCACAUUGCUCCUCAGACUCUUUACCCUCCGUACUCCUUAGGGAAUAUCCUCCUCCCAAGCUAUAAAAUCUCCAUGUGUCACUUUGGUUAAUUCUUACUGUCUGCUCAUUUUUUAAAUGACAAAUUUAUAAAAACAAUUUUGAAAUAUUCAAGCAAAAACACCACAAAUCCCACCACUCAGAAUUAGCUGAUGUUUGCAUCAUACCAGGCAUUCCUUUAUGCAUGUGUAUUAAAAAGGAAUGGUUGUUAUGUGUAAUUGAUAAUAAAAAGUGUUAUAAGAAUUUCA